AUGGUUUUGGUCACCUCAGGCCGAGUGUUAAAGGCUUCAUUCAACAUAUCACCUCAACUACUAAGGUUUUCGUCCAGCUUGAGUUUAGGAAAUUACAAUGACAAUUAUAUUUCGGUAACUUUCGACAAUAAUCACACAGUUAAGUUCAAUAAUGUAUUUCUUAGAGAUUCAUGUACUUCCAUUAUCUCAAGAGAUCCAUUUUCAAAGCAAAAGCUGUUUUCGACGAGCGAUGUCAGCUACGGCUUAACAUUAAAUGGUCCGCCAAAAAUACUUAGUAGCCCAGAUCAUGAAGAUUGCUUGGAAGUUACGUGGAGUCAAAACGGGACGCUACAUAAGUCAAACUAUUCCAGUACAUUCCUAGAAGAUUAUUCUUCUAAUUCCUCGAUCAGAAAAGGAAAAUACUUCAAUAAUUCGAAGAUUAUUUGGAAUAAUGAUCGUAUUAUGAAGAAUAUUUCUGAUUUGCAAGUGAACUACAUCGACUAUGUUGAAAACAAUCUGUUAUUUGUCAAGACUUUAAAUAACUUGAAUGAAUUUGGCCUCUCUUUCAUCAACGAGAUCCCAACCCCUCUUGAAAACCCUAAAACGCAAGUUAUGAACGAAGAUAAUGCAUUAGAAUGGCCUGUAGCUGCUUUAGCAUCCAAGUUCGGCUACAUAAAAAAGACUUUUUAUGGAACUUUAUUUGAUGUAAGAAAUGAGAAAGAAGCCAAGAACAUUGCAAAUACGAAUACAUUCUUGCCUUUGCAUAUGGAUUUGUUGUAUUAUGAAUCACCUCCUGGAUUACAGUUAUUACAUUUUAUACAGAAUUCCACUCUGGGUGGAGAGAACAUAUUUUCUGAUUCGUUUGCAGCUGCGUUGCACGUCAGAAAUGUAGAUCCUCAGGCGUAUGCAUCAUUGACUAAAAUCCCAAUCACGUAUCAUUAUGACAAUAAUGAUAAAUAUUACUAUUAUUCUCGACCUUUGAUUAUUGAAGAGAAUUUCAAAUCAGAUGCAAACGUGCCUGUCAUUAAAGAAGUAAAUUAUUCUCCACCAUUUCAGGGUCCAUUCGAAGUCGGUAUUUUUGAAGAUAAUUCUUCAGAUAAUAAAUUAUUUAAGGAUUUUUUGAGAGGUUUCAAAUUAUUUACAGAUUUCGUAAAUGACCCAAUUAAUCAAUACGAAUUAAAAAUGAAAGAAGGGUCCUGUGCUAUAUUCGAUAAUAGAAGAGUAUUGCACUCGCGUAAAGAAUUCUCCGAUGAAAACGGGGGAGAUAGGUGGUUAAUGGGAUGCUACGUAGAUGGAGAUAGCUUUAGAUCAAAACUAAGAAUCGGCAAUAGAUCAUUAGAAAAAUAA